CUCGGCUUCUGGCACCUCGUGGCCUGCGGCGCGCUGCUCGCCGUCGUCGUCGCCGCGUCGAAGACGCUCGAGCUCGGCCUGGAGUCGCGGCUCGUCGUGUCCGCGCUGCGCUGCGCGGGCCAGCUCAUGCUGCUCUGCGCCUUCGUCCUCGAGCCGCUCUUCGAGCGCAAUUCGCCGCCGCUCAUCGCGGCCUACCUGUGCCUCAUCGUCGCGCUCGCGUCGCGCGAGGCGUCGAGCCGGCUGAACUACGACUACGCGAGCGUCUACUACCACUUCUCCGUCGCCUUCGCCGUCGGCGCGGGGUCCGUCAUCAUGUACGCGACGUGCCUCGUGCUGGACCUGACGCCCUUUUACGACGCCAAGUACAUCGUGCCCGUGUCCGGCAUGGUCGUCGGCAACGUGCUCACGUCCACGGCGCUGGGCGCGAACGCGUUCCUCACGGACGUCGCCGAGGGCAGCGACCGCGUCGAGCUCUGCCUGAGCCGGGGCGCGUCGUGGCGCGAGGCGGCGCUGCCGGCGCUGCGCAAGGCGAUGACGGCCGCGCUCACGCCGACGUUGAAUUCGAUGGCCGUCAUGGGCCUCGUCAUGAUGCCGGGCAUGAUGACGGGCCAGAUGCUCGGCGGCCAGCCGCCGCUCGUCGCCGGGGGCUACCAGGUCAUGAUCAUGUACCUGGUGUCCGCGGCGGGCUGCAUCACGACGGGGCUCCUGCUCUUCUUCGCGGCGUUCUCCGUCUUCGAC